AUGGCGUGCCAGCUGCAGAUAUCUUUGGCCGCGCUCCAGCAGGCGAACCUUGUGCCAUCUGCGAGCCACUGGCCCGCCAAGCGAGCCUUUGCUGCUGGGAGAUCCUUGCCACUCGCAUCGAGACGCGGAAUGGAAGGUGACAAGCAUGCGCCGAGCCUGUUCGCUGUCCAGGGCAAGCUGGGCCGCAUCACGGGACCCCGAACCCUCGAGCUGGAACACCUCUUCAUACUCCUCGGCUUCCAGGUUUUCUUCGGUCUCGUCGGCGAGGCUUUGCGCCUAUCGAUUUCGGCGACAACAGCCUGCAGCUGCUCGUCGGUGAGGCGGUCGACUGUGUGGCUGGAGAGGUCCCUUCGGAGGAGCGGCCUCAUCUCUUUGGGUUCCUCCGGGCUGCCUUGGCCUGCUUCGGCCCCUGCUUCCUUCCCAUCUUUUGGCAGCGGCGAGGGCACCUUCAAGGUGGGGGUGGCUGCAUCGCCUGGGUGGCGCCUGGAUCAGCUGCAGGUGGAGCAGGAAGUCUUCCACCUCCUCGAGAUUCGCGUGCAUCCAGCCGAGCGGCUUCGGGACCUGGCGAGCCAAUCUCUUCUUCGUCAGGGUGCGGUACAGCUUGGGGAUCAACCCCUGGAUUGCAGGAGAUGCCGUCAUGGCACUGGCGCUGGCCCACUUUGUGGCCAUGGUUCGCUUCCCAUCCAUACUCCAGGAUCACCUUCUCGGCUGGCUUCAGGGUGA